ACAGAGUGGCUGCUAUCUGACGCACAGAAACAUCUACUUUAGUGCAGCAUUAAUUUGUUUACAGCAACCUGGCCAAUCGGUUUGAUAAUCAAGCAGGGAAACAGGUCAGAGAUUAGGGCUUUUCUCAGCCUCUGCCGUCCUCGGAGCUCAGCCGCUGUGGUCUAGAGGCUAUUUUUAAGGACAGUGUGCUGUUUGUGGGAAUGUGCGCUUUACAUGCGGCGAGAGGCCCAGUGUUAAGUGAUGCUGUCUAUCACAUGAGCACACACACACACACAAACGCCGGAGGAGUGUUAUCGGUCUUCACACCCGUCACGCACUACUCCGGGAUCACCUGCAUGUUCAGGGCGAUGUCAUGCAUAUAAUAAUCAUUACAGAGUCUGAUACAGAAAAGUGAACCUGCGUUUUCCAGACAGCGCUGGUUAUCAUGACUGUCAUUCAGAGUCAUACUUCGAGAGAGAACUGCGCGGUUUACUGCUGAUUGUGUUUGGGACAAGAGCAUACGAGCUCCAUUUUUUGGGGGGAUUUUCUAAAGAAUUAAAGCCUCCAACAUGAGGAUCUUCAGGACUCUGAUGAACGCUGCAUCCGUGGCCAAACAAAUCGACUUCUACUCCAGAUUCUCUCCUUCUCCUCUCUCGAUGAAACAGUUCAUAGACUUCGGUUCAGAGAACGCAUGUGUGAAAACGUCAUUCACGUUUCUAAGACAGGAGCUGCCUGUCAGGCUGGCGAAUAUCAUGAAAGAGAUCGAUUUAUUGCCUGAUAAUCUCCUGAGGACCCCUUCAGUGCGUCUGGUGCAGAGCUGGUACAUGCAAAGCUUUCAGGAUAUACUGGAGUUCAAGGACAGGGAUGUUGAUGAUGAAAUGCUCAAACAAGACUUCACAGAUGCUGUGAUCAAGAUCAGGAACCGUCACAAUGAUGUGGUGCCCACCAUGGCUCAAGGGGUGGUGGAAUACAAGGAGACCUACGGGACCGACCCCAUCACCAGCCAGAACAUCCAGUACUUCCUGGACCGGUUCUACAUGAGCAGGAUCUCCAUCAGGAUGCUCCUGAACCAGCACACUCUUCUGUUUGGGGGAAAGAUACGUGACAAUCCUGCUCAUCCCAAACAGAUCGGCAGCAUUGACCCCAGCUGCUGUGUCACUGAUGUCGUGAAAGAUGCGUAUGAAAAUGCCCGUAACCUUUGUGACCGAUAUUACAUGAACUCACCUGAGUUAAUGCUGGAAGAAUUUAAUGUUAAAGGACCUGAUAAUUCCAUGGCUGUGGUGUAUGUGCCGUCUCAUCUGUACCACAUGGUGUUUGAGCUCUUUAAGAAUGCCAUGCGUGCAACCAUGGAGCUUCAUGAAGAUAGCAUGGAGUAUCCCCCGGUGCAUGUGCAGAUCGUCCUGGGCCAUGAGGACCUGACCGUGAAGGUCAGUGAUCGCGGAGGCGGAGUCCCGCUGAGGAAGAUUGACAGGUUGUUUACGUACACAUACUCCACUGCACCUCGUCCUCAGAUGGACACGUCUCGAGCCACUCCUCUGGCUGGUUUUGGUUAUGGGCUGCCCAUCUCCAGACUUUACGCCAGAUAUUUCCAAGGAGACCUGAAGCUGUACUCUAUGGAGGGAUACGGCACAGAUGCUGUCAUUUAUAUCCGAGCUUUAUCCACUGAGUCCAUCGAGAGGCUUCCCGUUUACAAUAAAUCAGCCUGGAAACAUUAUAACACCAUCCACGAAGCCGAUGACUGGUGUGUCCCCAGCAAAGAGCCCAAGGACAUGACCACCUUCCGCAGCUUCUAGUCUGAUCUCAAAGCUUGUGUCAUGAAUGUGUUCCUCUAUACUUCAGCCGACCAAAUCAAGCGUCUUACCUUCAUCUGUCCACCCCUCUGUAGGUCAGGAGAGAGGAACAAAACAGACUGGGGCUCAGAGGAAUAUAUCAAAGAGCAUAUAUAAUGUUUCUAGUGUGUUCUAAUGAG